AAGGACACAAAGAUGGAGGCGUACUAUGUUGGUAAGGAAGGAGAGGGAGUCAUCACUCGUCAGACGAAAUUCCUACUCUUUCCCGACUUUGCAUCACCAAAAACAACUCUCCGACUCUGUCGUCUGUCGCUGUCCGUUCUCUUUUUUUCCCCGUCUCCGUCUCCGUGCUGCUGGCUUCUCAGUUCUCACUACUCCUCGUCCUUUCUCACUCACUAAACUAUUAAACAGAUACCAGCAUUCGGACCUUUCUUCUCCUCCGCAAACCGCAAAUCUCAGGCUCAGCUUGUUCAUCGGCGCUCAGUAGUUGCUGAGAAGAUGGCCGAUGGAGGUUGCGCCGCUAUCAACACCAAGAUAGAGGAAGGAGAAGGAGGCUAUAUAUUGGAAGACGUCCCUCACCUCACUGACUAUCUCCCUUCGCUCCUCACUUACCCUAAUCCUUUGCAAGACAAUCCUGCCUACUCUGUUGUAAAGCAGUACUUCGUCGAUGUGGAUGACACCGUCGCCCAAAAGGUUUUAUUUUGUUUUGUCUCUCAGAUUGUGGUUCACAAGAAUGGUGACAGGGGAAUCCACUUCCGUCGUGCUGGACCUCGCCAAAAGGUAUACUUCAAGUCCGACGAAGUUCAUGCUUGCAUUGUCACCUGUGGUGGCCUCUGCCCCGGGCUGAACACUGUCAUCAGGGAGAUUGUUUGCGGCCUUCAUUACAUGUACGGUGUCUCCAAAAUCAUCGGCAUUGAUGGAGGGUACAUGGGAUUCUAUUCCAAGAAUACUGUUACUUUGACUCCCAAGGUUGUCAAUGACAUCCAUAAACGUGGCGGUACUGUUCUUGGGACGUCAAGAGGAGGUCAUGACACCUCAAAGAUAGUGGACAGCAUCCAAGAUCGUGGGAUCAAUCAGGUUUAUGUCAUUGGAGGUGACGGAACUCAAAAGGGAGCUGCGGUCAUUUAUGAGGAAGUCAGACGACGCGGUCUAAAAGUUUCAGUUGCUGGAAUACCCAAGACCAUUGAUAAUGACAUUCCCGUUAUUGACAGGUCGUUUGGUUUCGAUACUGCGGUUGAGGAGGCACAACGGGCUAUCAAUGCAGCCCACGUGGAAGCUGAAAGUACCGAAAAUGGUAUUGGUGUUGUGAAGCUGAUGGGACGUUAUAGUGGUUUCAUUGCUAUGUAUGCUACACUUGCCAGCAGAGAUGUGGACUGCUGUUUGAUUCCAGAGUCGCCUUUCUUCUUAGAAGGCAAAGGUGGACUUUUUCAAUUCAUUAGAAAACGGCUAAAAGAAAAUGGGCACAUGGUUAUCGUUAUUGCUGAAGGAGCAGGACAAGAUCUGCUUACAGAGAGCAUGCAGUCUAUGGGGCAGCAAGAUGCUUCUGGAAACAAGCAACUUCAAGAUGUUGGAUUCUGGAUAUCUCACAGGAUCAAGGUACACACUUUUGCCAUAAGAGCAUCAAGAAAUUUUAUGAUUGUUGCAGAUCCUACGUACAUGAUCCGAGCAAUUCCAGGUAAUGCUUCUGAUAAUGUCUACUGCACGCUCCUUGCUCAAAGUGCGGUUCAUGGGGCAAUGGCAGGAUAUACAGGCUUUACUUGUGGACCUGUGAACGGACGACAUUCUUACAUCCCUUUUAAUCGCAUUACUGAGAAGCAGAACAAGGUGGUGAUCACAGACAGGAUGUGGGCAAGACUUUUAUCCUCGACGAAUCAGCCUAGCUUUUUAUGAGCCCUAAUUUUGCUGGCAUGGAGAGAACUGGGAACUAGGUGCAUGGGAGUUGUAACAUGUUCGACAACAUCUCGCAACUUACUCGAGAUCUGACAUUUCCCCUUUCAGUUUUGUGUAUUUCCUUUUGCUAGGAAAGCAAGUUGUAUGUACACAAAUGUUUGUCAUAGUUGGAUUACAUGCGUUCUUUCAUUGAAUUGAUGAGGUGAAGGAUUUAGAAAUUGUCGAGGAGCAUUUCGCUUUGACAUUUGAAUGGGCAAGCACAACUAGUCCCAGAAAGAGACUGGACAAGCACGAAUGACAACAGAAGAUGGAUACUUUUGCUAUAUAUAUUGGCCAAAUGAAUGAAUUAACAUAAUACGCUGCAACAAUUCAUCCCCUCGUACAUAACAGGGUGAAUGAAAGAAGAGGGUAUGGUCAUUGUUCAACUGAGUCUGUAAGUAGUACAAAGCAUGCUGGUGCCUUCAGUCUCUUCUAAUGUGACUGCAAAGAGAUUAUGCUCGAGUCUUUAAGCACAUACAUUGAUUCAGGAAGUAGUUUACUUAGCAUCAUCCAUCUACGCUUAUCAACCCUUGUAAACGCCAGAGGGAUCGGCAUUCUGAAUAAUCCAUGGAUGUUCGAGCAGCUUGUGUAGUGGCAGACGCUGGAAUGAAUCUUUGACAAGCAUCUGCAGGUGCAAAAGAGACAGACUAAUUAGGUCUUUUGCAGAAGCAGAUACAAUAGGCUUUG